AUGGAGAAGCGGCCAGAACGAUGCUGGAGACUGCGCGAUGCGCAGGUUAUCAGGACUGUUAGCACGCCCUUUGUAUUACAGGACCUCCGAUCCCCGACUCGAUCUUCCAUCUCAUUCCUGCACCGUUCAGUCAGCAGCUUUCGCACAGUCCUACCCACGAUGUCACGCCUCUUGGAGCCUAGCGCGGUCGCUGGAAAGCUUCCACUGAGGGAUUGCGUGGUCAUGGGCUCCAUGACCCGGAACCGCUGCGUCAACAAAGGCACUUUUGUCGAACUGGACUGGCUGCACCUGGCAAUGGUCGUCCUUCAUGAUUGA